ACCCACUUUCAAUUCUCCCUUUUCUUGCCCUUCUUCCUCUGAAAAACGAGGGAAGAACCCUGAGUCUUUCCUUCAGUCGAGUUGACGACAUACCCCUUCAAAGACUCGACCUCCGCGACCACCAUGUCGCAUUCCAUUCACUACACCCCUGCUCCUACCUCCCUCAGGCUGGCCUGAACCCAGACCGCGUUCUGGUUGCGGCCCUCGAUCAGCCACUUCGCUCAUUAUUGACAUCUUUCCACCCGCCCCCAGUCUUAGCCCGCAAGACCGCGCACUCGGCUUACCCUUGCUUCAAAUUCAUCAUAUCCUAUUCAUGGUUCACACAAAAGUCGAUUAAUCACUGUAUUGGCGCUUCGCGACGCGAAUAACGCACGCGACCAUGGGUCGAUGUCGACCCCAAGAGUCUGAGAAGACUCAAAGGCUGUCUCUGGCUGAAUUGGCGGCUCACGACGACGUCUGCUCAGACGCAUUAAUAGAUAAUGCAUACUACAAGGCGAGGAUACGGAAGAACCGGACGAAGCACUUUCCCAUCCGUGGAAUCAAGGAAGACGAAGUCCCUCGAAUUUUGCUGCACAAAGUCAUUGUGGAUAAGGAUCUUGUGGCUGCUGAAAAGGCGUUCCUGGCUCUUCCUGGACUUAGGAGGUACAGGAAGAGUCUGCGCACAAAGUCCGAACAAGACCAUUUCCUUUCCCACCUUCGAAAGUACAUUGCUAUGUACCAGACCGACUGUCCUUGGGAAGUAUCAACCACCAAUCGCUACACUAUCACCACCUAUGAGGCGGCUGUGACAGCCCGACGACGAAUUAGACAGGGCGAUGUUGUCAAAUAUCUUACCGGCACCCUUGUGCCUCUCACGGCCGAGGAGUCCACUGACUUGGACAUGACUAAUCGUAAUUUUAGCAUUGUUGUUUCUGCGCGCAAGAAGAAUUCAUCCAUCUUCUUAGGUCCCGCUCGUUUUGCCAAUCAUGAUUGUGAUGCAAACGGACGUCUUGUGACAAGAGGUGAAGACGGCAUGGAGGUUGUGGCUGUGAAGAACAUCGACGUUGGAGACGAGAUCACUGUAUCAUAUGGCGAUGACUACUUCGGUCCUGGCAAUAUUGAUUGUCUCUGCCACACUUGCGAAGCACUGGAGCGUAAUGGAUGGACUUCAAAGACGGCAAUUCUGGGAUCUGACAGCCAUGCUUCGACUCCAGCCCCAGAAUCUCUGGCAACGCCUCAGGCUCGAGGUCUCAAACGAAAACGAGAUUCAGACUUGUUCUCGCAAUCCUCUUCUGCGCCGCCCCCCUCAAAACACCUGAAACCUACACAAUCACCUUCGAAAUUGCAACACUCUUGGACGCCUCCAGGAAGUGCAUUAUCCGAUUCGGGCCUGGAAAGCGAUGCUGCGAAGACCCAAGAUGCUGUUGAGAGCCGGGCGAUAUCAAUACCAGGAGAGGAGCCAACACUUUCACCACCUCACAGCCCCUCGAGACCACAAGAGCGAGAACUCGUUGAAUCGACCAGCACUGUCCUGGUAUUUGAUCCACCGGAUCCGGAAUCACAGAAACCCGUUCGACCCUGCACUUCUCCGACGAAUGCAAAAGCUCGAAAGGGGCCGCGCGAAAGCAAGAUGACCGCAAGACUGCUGGGGAAACUUUCUGCACGUGCACCCAUAUCGCCCGCACCUACCUCACCCUCAAGCCAUGGAUCAGCGUCCGAUCCAGCUCCGUCGACUCACCCGAUUCCUCCUCCUUCAGUUGCGGAUACUGCUGUUUCGAUAAAGGUCGAAUCGGUGGAAACAACAAAAGUCGAAGCCGAUGAGGAUACUAUCGUUGUGGCUUCAGCCUGUCAAAGCUCUCUCAGGCCUCGCGAGAACCCGCCUGCUGUGGAUGAACGGAAGACUGAUGGAGCUGCUUUGCCCAUCCCUAAUGAGGUGCCGAUGCCGCACGUUGUGUCGACCAUGACCACCACGACAGUCACGAAGGACGUCCACUUACCCGAAGAACCAAGCGGCCAAGGAGGCGAAACAACUGUGUUGCCUUCAAUAGAACCGGGUAACAACUCGACAACCGUGACCACAUUGACAGUCCACCCUGUGACGGGCACCAUCCGCAUCGCGGGCGAUUACAUUCUGACCCGAAAAUUACUAGCACAGCCCCAUGAUCGAUGGGUGCAGUGUCACAAUCUGAAAUGCGGGGGCUUCUUUAUCCAGCCCAAUGGCUAUCAGACUCGACGCGAGUGUCCGCGCUGCGAACGACACAGCAUGCUCUAUGGAUUUCCAUGGCCCAAGACAGACCCUGAUCCCCGCAGGCUUCUCGAGCGCUCUGGCCGCAACAAGAGAGAUGCAGCCGAGUACAGCGCGUACAGGCGUAAAGGACGCUGCGGAAAGGGCACUUGGGUUGAAGGCGGAGGCGACGAGGAAGAACGCGUUAUGGAUCACCGGACCAUUCAUCGGUUCGUCCUGCCCGAGGAGGAGCGGGAAAUUACAAGAAAGGGAUUACUGAAGGAGGCCGAGCUGGCCCGAGCCGCGGGUGAUCAUGCCCUGGCGUUGCUGGAGGCCAAGAUGCGUGCUGGUUCGGGAAGGACUGAAAGUGCAGUCGCACGUGGGGAGAGCGAAAGUGGAUAUGGAGGGUCUACGACGCCGGACGAGGCGCGACGACGAAGUAAUCGCUUUGUGACAAGGCCUGUGGCUGUGUAUUCCGAGAGGUAUCAACACUGAUUCUUGUGGAAGCGGGAGUUUUGUGGCCAUUGUACUGGCAUAGUGGACUGAAGAUUGAAGAUGAAAGGCGCGAGAGCUGCGGAGUACUCUAUUGUCUGUUGAUGUCCCUCCAGUGGUGCAGGCUGAAUCAUGGACUGAGAAAAGGUAUGACAUCCGGUGGCCUGUUUCGACAGGACGCCGGUAAUAGUACACGCCAUUGAUGUGAGGGUGUGCAUACUUGCUCUGCUUGCGUUGGAGAUAAGAAGCACAGACAAAAUACUAUGGGAUGUUGCAGUCUCCAAUCCGAGGACAUUCUCAUGGAGGUGACCCUCAGCCUGAUAAUGUCCUUUUGUUGUACUGCCUCGCCUGAGACAUCUAAAUGCCGAGGUUCUCCAGACUGUGCCUGUUGGUGUGAGAACGGCCAUUGCCAUCGAGUCAGUGUAUUCCCGAAGGUCCUGAAAUAGGUGGAAAGAACAUGGCCAGGCGAUGUGACUUGGGACAUAUUCCGUACAGUCCAUGUCAAUGUAUGUCGGGAGCAGCCAAUCAGAAAGCAGCGAUAUCCAA